AAAUGCCUGAAAUAAAAUUAAUAAUUUUCACUUUAGGUAUUUGGCCACAGGAUGUACAUUUGCAGACCUUCAUCACACAUUUCGGCUGGGUGAAAUGACACUGAGAGAAGCACUCAGACAAGUAUGCCAUGUAAUGUGGACAAAUCAGAGAGCAAUAUGUUUACCUGAGCCUACAAGAGAUCAGUUGUUAAAAACAGCUCAACAAUAUAAUGCAGUGACUAAUUUUCCAAACUGUGUCGGUGCUCUUGAUGGAAAGCACAUACGUGUUGUGAAACCAGCACACAGUGGGUCACUCUACUACAACUAUAAACAUUAUUUUUCUAUCGUUCUUAUAGCUUCUGCUAGUGCUGAUUACAAAUUUACAUUCAUUGAUGUCGGUACAUAUGGAAAAUGUUCCGAUUAUGGGGUUUUUCAUCAAUCACUCUUUUGCAACAAACUUCAGAGUAAUAAAUUAGAUAUACCAGAGGGCAGACCAAUUUCCAGCUCAGAUAACAGACCAAUUCCCUAUGUGUUUGUGGCAGAUGAAGGCUUCGGUUUGACAGAUAAAGUAAUGCGCCCUUUCUCUGGAAGUCCUUUGAAUUUCAGAAAAAGGGUUUUCAGUUAUAGACUGUGUAGAGCGAGGUGCAUCAUUGAGUGUACUUUCGGUAUACUAGCCGACAAGUGGAGAAUUUUUCAGAGGCCUUUAAAUGUUGACAUUGAUUUUGCUAUGAAUAUAGUAAAAUGUUGUUGCAUUCUACACAGUUUUGUUCGUGAUCGUGAUGGUGUUGAGCAGAUUGAAGAAGAUUUAGGUUCUUGCGACUUUAAUAAUUUUCAGAACUGUGGGGCAAGGCCAAACAGAAAUGGUUUUUCUGUUAGGGAUUGUUUUGCAGAUUAUUUUGUAGGUGAAGGGAGCGUUCCAUGGCAAAAUGAAUGUGUGUGAUGCCUUCAAUGUGAAUUUCAGUUCGCAAGGCACACAACGAAAUUGAAGUACUGAAUGUACAACAAAGUGAAAAUGACCGUGAAUUUCCUGUUCUUAAACAAUGCAGUAAACUUUCUGUUCCAAAAUUAGACACUAAUGGUAAUAAUGAACAUUAAUAACGAAUG